CGCCAAUCACAACCUACUCACUUCGGCAUGCAACGUAAGCUUCCUCGAUCAUUUCAGCCUCCUCACCAGCCUUCUGACUUACCUUAAACAUCAACCAAACAAGGAGAGCUGGCCUCUUGACGAAACUCAAACACUCAUUUCCAUCUCCUUUCUUUUUCUGCGGUCCUCGGUGACCUCCCACUUCCAGCCAUGAAGCUGUCCAGUUCCGCUCGUUAUUCCCUCCUCUUCUGGUCCGUCAUCUCGGGACUCACCAAUGCUGCCUCGGACCAUAACUCGCACCUCAACGAUGACUCCCCCUGCGUGGCUCGCUCCCCGACGAGCGGCCUCUACUUUGAUCUCUAUGCGAUCUCAUUAUCGCCACCGGAAUUGAAGAAUGGCAAGAAGGUCGAGAAAGACGCGCGCAAUGAGAGCUGGCAUGCCAAGGGACAUGACUACCCCGCAAACUUCACGGUCAACAUCUGCGCGCCGGUCAUUGAGGAAGUCAAGGAUGUGGUCGGGGUAGAGUCGUCGCGGUGGAAGAAUGUCAGCGCAUAUUACGAGCAAGCGGGGAAGAUAUACUCGAUAGGUGAGCAAGCUUCCGAGCCCUUCUUCCGGGGUCGCAAGCUUGUCCUCAACUAUACGAAUGGCUCCCCAUGCCCCGGUGAUUGGAGCACCACCAGCAAGAACUCCUCCGUGCGCACCAAGUCCACCAUCAUGUCCUUCCUCUGCGAUCGCGACGCACCCGCAAACACCGCUACUCCUUCCUUUGUCGGUACCAUGGAUUCAUGCACAUAUUUCUUCGAGGUUCGCAGCUCAGCUGCAUGUGGAGGAAUCGCGGUAGACCCGAACGCCGGUGGGCUGGGACCGGGCGGGGUCUUCGGUGUGAUCAUGCUCAUUGCCGUGGCUGCGUAUAUGAUCGGUGGCUGUGCGUAUCAACGGACAGUCAUGCACCAGCGCGGUUGGCGCCAGUGCCCCAAUUUCAGCCUCUGGGCUGGCAUGUUCGAUUUUAUCAAGGACAUGUUCGUCAUCCUAUUCUCAUCACUCGGGAGAUGUCUUCGCCUUAAGCGAUCCCCCUCGAACGGUGGCUACGUUCGCGCCGACAGUGACGGCCGUGGCGGCUUUAUCGGUGCGAUCGGUGGCCGAGGCGUUGGUGGUCAUGGCGGGCGACGGGAUGUUGAUGCUGAGAAUCGACUUAUAGAUCAGCUUGAUGAGGAGUGGGAUGACUAGAUAACUUGUCGCUUGAUCUGUAUCCAAGGAAUUAUCCGGGAUUCCAAUUACCUCUUCGGGCACUCGUUAGCUAUAGAUCUUCGUCGCAAUCAAUCAAUGAUU